AUGAGCUCUUGUUUAAAGUACAUUUGUUGUUGUUUUAAAAGGUAAAAUGAUUAAAAUAACUAUAAGUAGGAGAAGCUAAAAGAUUUUGAAAGGUGCGCAUUUGAUAAGUAAUAAAAAUCAUUUAUAUUUAAAGGCAAUUUAUAUAAUUUGCAAGAAUAAAUUGGAUAAGGCGCUUUUUCUGAAGUGUACACAGUUUUUAAUUAGAAUAAAAAAAGAUUUGAAGUUCUCAAAAAGCUCAUUUUAAAAGAAUCCGUUGAUGAAUAUAUCCAAGAAUAUAAAAUUUUGAAGUCUAUCAAACAUGAAUUUGUUAUUUAAUUUUAUGAUUGUCUUUUGCUUGAUGAUGAUUUAUGCUUUUUGAUGGAAUAUGCAGAGCAAGGUACAUUACAGCAGUUUAUAGAUAAUCCAUAUUUGUUGAAUAAGAAGAUAGAUGCAAAUUUUAUAUUAGAAAUAUGUGAAGGAAUAUUCGAAGGUAUUUAGUAUCUCCAAAUAAAGAAAAUCAUUCACAGAGAUUUAAAACCAGAAAAUAUUCUUAUUUCAGAUUUUAAGGCUAAAAUCGCUGAUUUAGGCUUGUCUAAAUUUCUACUAUCUAAAUAUGCAAAUACUAAUGUGGGAAAUAUGCUUUAUGCUGCUCCUGAAAAGAAUAAUGCUGACAAAGGUGGAUAUGGAUUGAAAUCAGAUAUUUAUUCUGCAGGCUUAAUAUUAUGCUAAGUAAUAUUAAGACUUGCUGUUAAGUAGAUAUCUCAAAUCAACUUUUUUGAUAAUCAAGAUUCUUUUAAAAAUAUACCUCAAGAAUUAAAGAAGCUUAUCUCUUUAUUGAUCUCAAAAAAUCCUGAAGAAAGACCCUCCUGUGAUUUUGUCAUAUAGUAGAUAAACGCUUUUAAGCAAAGUUCAGAUGUUAUCAAGUUUAUUUCAAAUAAAUAUUAGUUUAGUUCUCAUCAAGUUAAUCAAAAAUCUAUAAACAUCGAAGAAUAAAAUGAUAUUGAAAAAUAAGACAAGCUAAAUAAGCCUUUAAUAGAAGGGGAAGAUGAUAAAGAUUCUAUUGAUGUCCUUUCUUGUGAGAAAAUUUAAAUUAACUUUGGGUAAGAUUAAACAUAAAAUUAAGAUUACAAACCAGAAAACGAAUAGUGGUUUGAACAAAAUUUCACUGCAGGUGCAGUUUCGAUAGUCAGAUUUAAAGACUAUGAAAAAGGGAUUAAAUAGUUUGAAAAGGUUUUGAAUGUAGAAGUUAGAGAUGAAUUUAUGGUUUAAAAAAAGCUAAUGAUGGUGUUAUGGAUGAUGAGAAAAAAAAAUUUUACCUUACAAAGUCUUUUCAGCCAACAAAAAACGUAACAAGAUUAUGAGAAAGCAAAGUAAUAUGCUGAAGUGGGUCUAUAGUUAGAUCCUUUAAAUUAAAAUUGUUUAAGCAUCGUUGUACUUUCAAUGAUAAAGUUAAGGUAUACAGAAAUAGAAAUUAUGAUACACAUUGAAAAAUUCAUAUCUAAAAUUUAUUUUGGAGGACUUUUAUUAUUUAUGACUCUAGUAGACAUACAAAAAUACAUUCAUCCAAGCUAUGCUAAAAGUAUUGCUAACAAUUCUACUAAUUUCAAUGAAGAGGUUAUCUUAGGAUGCUCAUUAUAUUUUUACUCUAAAAACUAAUUAUUUAGCAUUUAAAAAAUUAUAUUUUAAUAAAUAAACAAAGACAGCCAAUAAUUACAAAUAGUAAAUCAACUAAUUUAAAUGCUAAAUUCUGAAAAAAUAAAUAUUUUUAUAGAUGCAGCUUAAUCCACCAAUUUUGAUAAUAAUCUUAGACUAGGUUUCUGUUAUUACACAAUAUAACAAUACUUAUUAAUAAACUCUAUCAGAAAUAUUAAAAGAAAAUGA